AUGUUAACUCUUCUCUUUUUGAGUUUGGGUUACGCGUUCAGACCAAACCCAUCAUACGGUCUUACCAAUUUCAAGGACAUGACAAUGGGCUGGUGUGCAAACAUAGACAGCUUGAAUUAUAAGGGGAGUCGUCCCGCGGGGUUGUGUCAGUUGCGUUGGUCCACAAACAACUACGAACAAAACCUUCUUCAGGGCGAUGGGUUUGUCUUCCACAUUGACUCGACACAAUAUGGUGACCCAUUCAAAUUUGUUGGGAAGAAUACAAUCGACUACCCGGGAGAGUAUACCCAUGAAAUCAAAUACUACAACAAUAACGCGUUCAACUCGAAGGUGAAAGUCGUUAAGAGAUACUUCAUGGUACCAAACAGACCAAUUUUGAUGGAAGCGUAUGACAUCACAAACUCUGGGAGUUCAACCGUCACGUUCAAUUUGCUCGACUAUACAAACUCAAGCAAAAUCAAUAACAACGUUGCUGGUGGGUCUAUUUCAUCCACCAAAAGUCUUUAUUUUGACUAUAAGAAUGACAACGCAUAUAAGAACACAGUUGUUGUUAUGGGAAUGUAUGACGUGCAGUCUCUUUCAUUGGGAGAUGCCACUGGAUAUACCCCAAUUAGUUACUUCAACUCUAACUCUAAAUUAGACGGAGUGACUUCCAAAGCCUCGCAGACUAUGAUUGCGGCAAUGCAAAAGUCUCUUUCUGUUCCAGUCGGUUCAACUGUCAGAGUCACCGUCUUCAGAGCACUUGCCACCAGUGUCUCUGGUGCAGAGUCUUUAAGUGCUGAAAUUAUAGCGAAGACGUACGACGCAUGGAAGAGUCAAUUGACGACAUUCAGUGAUGCCAAAUUUGCAAAAUACAAACUCCCCACGUUUGCAAAUGAGUCUGAGAAAAAGAUGUGGUACUCCUCGGUGUUCACUGUUUUGUUCUCGCAAAAUCCAACACUUGGCACAUUAUUGGCGUCAUACCAUCCACUCUAUUAUUACAAGGUGUGGAGCAGAGACGCCGUCUUUUCUUCGAUCAUCAUGACUGCUUUGGGCGAGUAUGACGGCGCAGAGAAAUUCUUGAAGUGGCUUUCGACCUGUGAAUUGAGAAGUGAUGGGUACUUCCCCACAAAUUACGAUUGGUACACUGGAAGUGUCAUUGGCUUUGUUGAACCACAGUACGACGCUGUCGGUGUUGCUUUAACGGCGUAUUACUAUUACUACAAAAUGACUGGCAAGAACACAUUGUUGUUGGACAACAAUGUGAAGAACAGAAUCAAGACACUUGAGAACUUCUUGAUGAUAAAAGACUACAAUAACUUGAUCAGACCAGACUACUCGAUUUGGGAAGAGAGUAGUGAUGGGUGGGGAGGAUAUGGAUUACCAACACAAUAUUACACAUUCACGCAAGCACAGGGACACCAUGGACUCUUAUGCGCAGCAAUGAUUGAAGAGAAGAUCUAUGGCGACUCCAAUAGAGCCAACGAACUUAGAAAUCGAGCCAAUGAAUUGUCGACUGGGUUUGAAAACAGCUUCUGGAAUGAACAAGCUGGUCAUUACGUGCAAAGUCUUUGGAGUGACACAAAGAGUCAAAAAGUCUUGAUUGACUCUUCAACCGCGUCAAUAGUCUUUUCGGGUAUUGCGACUAACCAGGAGAGGAUCAAGAAACACUUCAACAAAAUCAGAAGCGACUUGACAAAACUGAACUAUGGUAUUGCUAGAUAUUACAACGACCCAUACUUCUUCGAAUCAAAGUUCAAUCCAGCAGGCAAAGAGGUCGGAGAAGCAAGCCCCCCUUGGGGAGUCACCACUAUGUUUAUGGCUUGGGCAGAAUUGUUGAUCGAUUCAUACGACGGAAAUGCGGGACUUGUCCCUAAAAGAAUUCAAUGGAUGAUCGACCACACGGGACCAGACUUCAUUCCUUGCGGUGAAGCAGUGGAUGGUAUUUCAGGAGACCCAGUAAUGGCUUCAAUGCCGGACGUAUAUGAACAUGCUGGGGUUUAUAUUAUGUCUGUGCUCCAAUACCAAAAGCUUGUUCCUUUGUUUAAGUACGAUAAAUGGUAA